AUGGUCAUGACAAUUUCCGACACCGACGGUGAUGGCAAGAUCCCGAAAAUCGCAUUUGAGGUCGUCACUGGAACUCUCUUUGGCACUGCAAUCAUAGCAGCCGCCAUGCGGACAGCUGUCCGGCUUCACUACCAAAGAAGACUUUUCCUAGAUGAUGCCUGCCUCAUGAUCGCCUGUGCAGCCCUGACUGGAGGGUUCGCAAUGCUUUACCAGUCACUUUACACUCUGUUCCUUAUUCAGCAUUUUGCACAAGAGGGGUCUUCCGCCAGAGAAGAGGCGGCGUCAGCUGGGAUCGAUGUUGCCGCUGAAGUUCACAACUUCCAGAUCCUUGACUUCGUCCAUGAGCCUUUGCUUUGGGUCGUCAUGUUCUCGGUCAAAGCUUCAUUCUUGGUGUUUUUUCGUCAUCUCGUCAGUCGUGUUGAGAAACUUGUCGUGUACUGGAAAGCAGUCUGCGCUGUCAACGCGGUUGCUUUCGCAUUUUGUGUGUGUUAUACCUUCAUCGCCUGCCCGCACACAGAUUCCUCAGCUAUUCAAUGCGAUUAUGGCUCGCAAUUCACGAAGCGAUCUGGUCUCACCACGACUGGUAUCAUCUUUGAUGUGGCAACCGAUAUCUUAAUCGUCAGUAUCCCUGCGCGCGUCCUGUGGCAAGUGAGAAUCGACACCCGUCAAAAGCUAGGCAUCGGCGCCUUUCUUGGCCUCAGCAUCUUCAUGAUACUUUUUGCGUUCAUUAGGCUCAUAGGCUUCCAUCUCAGUGCCAAUUACGGAUACACAUGGCAAUUCUUCUGGUUUCAAAUCGAAGGUUGUAUAGCAGUGACGAUGGUUUCAAUCACUGCUUUUCGCUCCGUCUUCGUCACGCAGGCUUCUAGAUCCAGUGGAGACAAAGCAAGACCAUGGUACUCCUCGACUGUUGCAAGACUUCGAAAGGCUCGUAAGUCAGCGGAAGAUCACGAUCUAGAAACACUUCCUGCGAUCCCGGCUGGUACCAUGACGGGCAUGCGGACAUUCAUCAGAGGAAGUCGGCUUGGUGUGGGGCCGGAAACAUACGACGAGUUGACUGGCUUUGAACCCUCGAAGCGCACCGGACGCGAAGUCGUGGUCACUCAAGAUGUUUCAUGGGAAGAAGAGAAAAUACAUCCUCACGGUGCUCACAUCAAUAACGCAGCGCAACCGAGGAUGGGGUAA